AUGCAUACAGAAGUCGCGACGAUCGUGGAAGCAUCAAAGGCGACUCACAGCCAUCACGUUAUCAAUCCAAGUUUACCGUGGUACGCCUCGGAUCCGCCGGUGACGAGAACGAGGGACUGGUUCCUGACGACGAUGUCGAGGUGGUUCGUACCUCGACCCACCGCGACGCCGGACUGGAACAUCGGUCCACCGGUGACCACUCCUUGGCCCACCGCAAUGAUGCAGCCGCACGGAUCUCCCUCGAACGCCACUCCACCAUCUUGGCAAGAGCUGAACGACAAGAUGAAGUUCUGGAUCAAGACAGUGCUGCGGGUCCAUCGCUUCAACCAGACGGAUACGGAAAAACUCGCAAGUCAUCUGGCUUUUGUCUACGAGAAAGCGUUCGCACAUCAACAGGCGCCACGCAGAGGAAAACGAUAUUCCGGGAGGUCUAUGGCGGUGCAGGUGGUCAACUUGUCCGUGGACUACAAGGAGCGCCUCAUGUCCCUCGUGUACACGCUGUCCCAAGAGGGCAAGCCUGUCCCGGUGCAGCUUGCCGUCGACGCCAUGGCGUCGGUAAACGAGACCGACAUGUCCAGGCUUCUGGGGUACCAGGUCGUCACCAAGGCGGAACCUUACUUGAAACCAGCCCCUGCAAAAUCGUCGGUCCCGCUGGUUUGGAUCGUGACUGGCGUUUUGGUGGGAAUCCUGGUAUUCGUGAUUGUCUUUCUAAUCAUCUACUGCAAAUGCUGUCGCCCAAAGUUUGCCGGAGCUUCUUUGAGGGAUUCCGGCUCCAUCCACUCGUACGGGCGAGAAAACAGACUCAAAAUGUUCGAGGGAUCCCCCGGCACGUUUGGUACGCUUGCGGAGAAGUCCUACAAAGACGUGUUCACCAGUCCAAUUCAUAUACCUUCCGCAUCACCGGAGGAGCGAACGCCACAUACUUCCUACCCAAGACCCAAGAAGAUAUCGGAGUAUUACAUCAACCAGGCAUUUGACCCUGACCGGAGGCAUCGAAUAUCAACCGUUACUAACGUCACGUCCGAAAACCACGCUUACGUCAACGCCAAUACUCAGGAAGGCUUGCAUAUGCCGUAUUUUUAUCGCUCAUUUUGGCAGGGCUCGAACCCGGCCGCAAGCGGGAACUCGGGCAAGACGUCGACCGACGAGGAGAUCCGAGAAGCGCAGAAGCAGCUGGACUGCAUGAAGAAGCGAAUCGGAGAAAUCCUGGACGACGCUCUCGCCAAGGCGGCCCCGAAGAAAGUCUACGGCAGCCUCAGGAAGAAACGGGUGUCUCCGUCGUCGUCGGACGUACGGCGCUCCAGUAGCCUGAGGGCUCCCAAACGUGACCAACAUCACAUCACGACACUAGAGCCUCAGGCAGAAAGGAUGGCCACGCCGGCGGAGACGCCCGUCAAGCGCGAUGCACCGACGCAGACCCCAGCGGAGUCGAAGCCCCGAGUCAUCUGGUCCAUCUGCAAGACAUCUGAGGUCGCCGCACAGACUUCGCUGUCGGAGGGCCGGAAUGGCCGACACGUUUCUGGAUUGAGCGUUGGUACGGACAACAAGACACAUCCGCCGGCAGUCACCGACAUUCACAAACCGACGCAGACGGUCAUCAACGCCAUCCGGGGAGAACUACAAAAGUUUAACGCUGCUCACAGAACGCACCAGGGAGAGAGUUUCGCAUAA